AAUAUAAAGCGCCUGAUAAAAAAUUAAAUAAAAAUAAUAAUGAUUUAGGUGAUCUAAGUUGAUGCGGAAAAAAUAUAUCAUUUAAACUCUACAUAAAUAUAAAAAAUUGUUUCGUGUUUACUAUUUACGUUCGAACAAACUAGUAAUUUCGUGCCAAUUACUAGCAUCUGUUUAAAAAAACAAUUCUUAUGCCAUACAUUUGAUACGUGAAGAGAGUUUUGGCAAAGUGGCUUCUAAUUAUAUGGGUUGUAUGCAUAUUUUUGUUUACGUUUUAUGUAACACUAUAUCGAAGCACUAAGCGCGUUCUUAAUUCAGACCGAAUUUUUGUGCGUGUCGGACGGUUUUUCGUGAAAAUAGUUACAAUAUCAUUGUGUUUAGUGAGUUUUAGGAUGAAGUGAUCGUGUAUAGUGUAUGUGACAUCGGUAUUUUAAUAGUGAUAAAGAAAACGCAAUGAAAAACGUCGAAGACGACUAUGACUGAAAAAGAAGUCAAUAGAAUGCUGGGGCCACCGCCGCGGCUGGGGCUGAAGGCGGCGAGCCCCGGCGUGGACGAGGACUGCAACAGUAACACUAGCCUGGCAGGCAGCACGCACUCCGCCCACGAUGACCUCGACGCUCACUGCGAUAACUCCGGAUACCUCUGGCUCCUUGACUACAAUCCGAUGUUUCGAGACGGUUCCUGUCAUCAUAUAUCUGUGCUGUCCUCUGUAUCCGCCUCCUAUAAGGGGAUAAGCGAUCUGACAUCCCGCUUCGAGUUCACAUCCCGGUACAAGGACAUCGCCAGGGAUCUGGACGCGAAUCUCGCUGAGGCCGACAUGGAGAGCUUCAAGACGGAAGACAUCCACGCCCUCCUAAUGACCGACCUGCCACGUGACGUCAUUGAUGACGUCACACACGACAGUAAUCCGCAGGGCGAGAUGUUUGCGAGCAUAUCGAGCUCACUAUUGGAAAAGUUUCAAUACGACAAUUCUAUGAGCGGAAGUAGUUUGCAGGGCGAAGAGUCCGUCGGUUCCAUCAAUACGAUGUCUAUAUGCAAGUCGGAGCUGUUAUUUUCACCGGUGAAGGAAGGUGCCCACGGAGUCCACUUCAGCGUGGAUAGUCUAGACUGUGAACUGCCCACAGAACAAGAUCUCAUACUCACAUGCCAGGCUAAUAAAGAUAACUAUACCAUCGCCUUCGAGGGCAGUCUCACCAUUUACUCUGAAGACAGUGAGUGUGCCGAACCCGCCGUCAAUCAAAAACAUGACAAACUGGUUAAGGAGGAAUUAGUUAUAGGUUUAAAUAGUGAUGAAAGAACGCGCAGGAAUUUAGAAUUAUUAGAGAGAUGUAAAAAUUUAACCAAUAAGCUAUCAACAUCUAUGGCUAGAAGCGAUUUAGGAUUAACAACGUGGAGUAAACUUAAGAAACAAACCAAUCAGUCGCCUUUACAGAGACAUCCAUCGGGAAACAACAACGAAGACUCCCACGACUCCACCCAAGCCACUAAUGAUAUGAAUAAUUCGGUUAUAAAAAGUCAAAGCUUACCAAACUUGUAUAGAAGGAAACUAAUGAGUAGUUCUAUUAACUCCGCGGCAUUAAGCAAUUCAACCGUCGACUCCUUCUCAGCCAACCAGAGGUUAAUUGGAACUUCAACAUGUAUGAAAGUAUACGACGUCUCACAAAAUCGUCAAUCACAUACAAGUCAACAUUCAGAACCUAUGAGUACAUCGUCUACUGAAAACCAGUCCUCAACGGAUAAGAGUCAAACGAAACAACAGUCCUUCAACUUGGUUAAACUAUUUAUGAAACAAAAGAGCAUCAGCAACGAUGGUAUUGUUGGUAUGGAUCAAAUGGAUAGGUCAGAGUGUUGGCCAUCUAGCUCGGGAGGGGAGAGCGGGGAGUCUAUGGGGGAACAGAGACUCUUAAAGACAACGAUCUCCGAAAGACCCCAAGUGGAACUGCCCGCUGAGGCCCUUGAAGAUGAUACAGCAUCAGUUGUAUACGAUGAAAUUAGACCAACGAAUCCAUUUAAUAGAGUGUACGACGAAGUACUUAUUGAAGAAGAAGAGAAUGAAGGUUCUAAGUCGAGUGAUAAUGAAGCAAAUCUUUACGCUAUAGUCAAUAAACCACUCAGGAAGAGAACAAACUUAAACGUUAUGAACAGUCCGAAACACAGACCGGCCAGAAAGUCGUGUUCAUCUCAAUCAUCAGCUACCAGUGUUAGUUUAUCAAGUUGCUCUGAGUCAGAUGGAACACAAAUCACGAAAAUGAACAAAAUAAAAGAAAAGGAGUCCUUUGACUCCAAAGCAACAUCCACACAUCUAGAUACUGAAACCAUAGAUAAAGGCAUGCAGACGUCCAGCAUGCAAGUUUCGACUGCCUCUCAUGAUCGGGAAAUAUUUAAAGUGGUCGAGGCUUCAUUUCUAGAAAAAUUAAAGGAGGGUGAUUGUGAGAAACCAGUCUUUGUACUGUAUCCUAAUUACACCCUGCCUGAUAUAAGCUUUCUAAAUGGUAGACCAAAUAUAUACUUGAAUCCUGUUAAAGUCAAUGUUUCGCCGAAAUCAGAUAAAAAGGGUAGAAUGCAAGCCAAAGGCAAACGCCCCUUUUCAUGCAACGAUGUGGAAAUGCUUAAGAAAAAAGGUUUGGGACAUAUAAGGGACUGGGACUCUCUAAACUUCCUUUUACCGAUGGAAUGUAGACAGCUGCUCUCAGAAGUUCCAGAAUUAAUGCAACAUAUGAAAGAGAAAGAAAAUGUAACUAAAUGUGAUAGAUUUUGUAAUGCAUCGCUCGCUAGGCAAAAGAAUCGACCUACGAGUUGCGAUUGCAACAAUCUGACUGGCAAUACAGCUGUCUCGUCCAGUUCAAGCACGGCGACUCAGCCUUCAUCUGGAUAUCGAGGAUCUUCAACCAUAUUAACCGAUUCUUCGGCUCAAAACAGCCCCGCACCCACUGGAAACUUCAAUCCUCUAUUCGUGUAUCGAUACGACAGUGCUACGAGCUCAGAAGCUAGCUGUGCAAAUAACGAAGGCCAAAGAAUGAACAAAAGACAGUUAUCGCUAGCAGAUCAAACUAGAAUUUUGAAACAAGGAGAACUCGUCCCUCCCAGGCCGCCUCUACCAAAAAGUAUUUUACGUAAAUCCAUGGAUAAAACUCGCAAAACCAGUGCCCAUACGAAACGUUACAGUAUGUUCGAAUUAGAUGAAUUCAUACAAGACCCAGUGGUAUGCGCCCAAGCAGGCUUAGAACAGAAAAGUAAAAGAAGAUCACUACAAGAACCAUAUUAUCUUCAAAAUCAACCUACUUUAGACUACAGAAAGAACAAUGACUUAGCCGCUAAGAGAUUGUCCCAACAAUUUUUGGACGCCGCAGACAAAGAUGCCGAUUACAACGAGUACUACCAAGAUGAAGGGGUUGGAACUGAAAGCAGUUUGGAAUCUGGAAAAUCCAAUGAACUCAAGUUUCAUCGCCCUCAUACGCCGCCAAUGCCAAAACCUAGAACAAAGAAAAUCGAAUACAUAGAUUUCCCUCCACCCGGAGCACUCAUCAGCAGUGCGGACCUACAGCAGUUGGAAGACUUUCUGAAAUUAAGUGGCAUUAACUGUCAAAACAUGGACGAGUGGGACCAAAAUCAAGUUCAAAAGGUAAGAAGUCAGGUUACCAAGUUCCUACAAAUGAAACGUUCCCAGGAGGAGAAUCAAAGGUCUACAGACUCCAGUACGAGUAGUUGUAACAGCAAGAAAUCUGUUAGUUUCGCUCAAAAGCAGGAUGGUAAAGAGAUUCAAACACAAACAAAGGCUGUCGAGGAACAUAAAGUAUCGACACUAGCCACGCCACCCAACUCUCCAAACGUAUCAGCUAUGGUAGCUCAAAGGCACUAUCAGGGCAAAAACUUGGCUGAAAUACCUAUCUGCGAAGAGGGCGAAGUUAGUCCCGAUGAAUUCCUCAGCCCAACUCAUCACGAGACCCGUCUGAAGUAUGACAUCAUCGACGUGUCACAGAAACGAGCUUUAGUGUCAAACGUAACCGACGCUGUCGAGAUGUUGAUCCAGCACUUCUCAUCGGCGAUGGACCAAGCGGAGUUAGCGUAUUUAGGAGAUUCAAAACAGUCUCCCGCCUGUGCUAAAAUAGCAUUAAACGCGUUGUGUCCAGCCCUGUACGCCAUAUUCCGAGACGGUCUGAAAGAAAAUAUCGAGACCUCGUUUGGCGCCGUUAAUAACUCCGUUUGGCAAAUGGUUGAAGCCACUGCGAGACAAGGGCCCAUAACGAAGUCAUUAAAUGAACUGGUUUUGAGAAUAAACAGCGAAGAUGCAGUAACCGAGGGUCUUGUGAAGUUCAACGCCUUUAUACUAGGAUUAUUAAAUGCACAGUCAGUCGACGCUUGGGUAUCGUACGUCCGAACGAGAGAAUCAAUUUUGGCAAAACACUACGAUCAAGAUUCUCUGAUACUAGCGGGUUGUAUUGGAGAGCCGCGCUGUAGGGCCUUACUGGACACACUCCUCGCCAGCCUCGAGCCGCUCAAACUGUUGCCGUUCUCCCUUGACCUAAUGUUCGAGAUGAGGGAACUUCAUAGGAGCUUUAAAAAGAUUGAAAGCGACAUGCGAGCCGCCAGUCGGCCAACCUCGUUUAACACACCGCAACUAACAACCAAUCAGAGAAAUCUGCUCAAGUUAGUGCGUUCGAUGCAAUCCAGUAUUGUGUCCAGCGACGAAUGUCAGGCUAGCGUCAUCAUGAGACAGAAGGAGCCCAAGAACAAGGAACCGUCCACCCCGGACCUGCUGAACGAUUCGGCUAACGUCAAAACUACCCUCGAUAAGAAUAGACCGAGGUCGUGCGUCAACCCCACGCCCGUAGGCUACGACAUGUGUCCAAACAACAGUAGGAUAGACUUGGAGAACAACAGGAGGUGGUCCGGGGUUCAGUUGGGAUCCAAACUGAUGCAGGCCUUCGACAGGCUGGUGUUCGACGAUAGCGAUGAUUACACAGACAGUCUAGAACAUAAGACCUGCGCUAAAACGACCGACGCCAAGCUGGAUACGAGCGGGGAAGAACAAUGGCGGCCCCCUUCAGCCAGCAGUAGCGCCAGUGGUCAAGGAUCUGGCGGCAAGUUCCGGAGACUUCAGCUCAAGUGGGAAAUGCUCAGUAACGCUGAAAGCCCCGGGACGCCAUCUGGUGAAACCUCGCCCGCGGCUGCUCGGGGUUCUAAGAUCCCCCGACCCGUCUCAUCCCCGGUCAGACCUCAAGCUCCUCCAAUACAAUCACCAGCCAAAAACACGCAACACAGAGGUAUACCAGUGGCUGUACGUAAAGGUUCUUCCCCGACGACAGCAGCGCCUCGAGCGGCUAACACGAGAAACAAAAAACCACCACAGCCAGCUAACCGGGUUAUACCCGAGAAGGCGGCAGGAAGACCGGAAAUAAGAAAAAAUGUAGCUGUUAAAAACACUAUCGGUGCUAAGAACACGCUCGCGUCCCGUGUGGACGGCAUCACUACGGGGAGUCCCCGUCCGUCGUCUCUGCCGUAUGGACGCGCCGCGCCCCCGCCCGCCCCGCGCCGCGCCGCCUCCUCCUCCGCGACGAGAGCGACACACAUCAAACACAAAUACGUCAGAACUCUAUGGCACAGACUGCCGUCCGACUCGGGACACCUGGCGUUCAACGAGGGUGAGAGGCUGCGGCUCAUACUGGAGGUGGACGCACAGUACUUGUUGUGUUGUAGAGGAGAACAGAAAGGCCUCGUGCCGCGGGACGCCGUGCUCGAGGACUUCUGAUACUGGCCGGGGUAGCGCGACUGGACGCCGCAGUGGCGACCAAUGCGCGCCAAUUCGGCUCUCGACAACGCCAACUAGGCGCCGGUCGAGCCAACCAGUGGCCCAACAUGGCCAAGUGCUGUCCAACACCGCCAAUGACUUGUAUCAAGUGUGCAAUAAAGUUAAACGUACAUUGUAUAGUGAAACGGAUUUAACCAAUUCGAUAUUUAAAUUAGUUGUUUAACGAUACCCGAAAUGAUUUCACGCCAGGCCGGGGACUGCUGGGACUGAUAAGUUAUAAACAAAUCUUGUAUCGACUAGUAUUUUAAGUUUAAUCUUAUUUAUUUUAUUGUUAGAGGUCAUUUCAGUUUCUCAGUCCCGCACGCUCCGCGCUAGUUCCUGGCCGUCGUCACUGAACAUGUCGCACAUUUUAAUUCUGUAGUAAAAUCUAGUCUUACGUUAAGGCGCGACUCGGACUGUACAUAAUGUUGUAAGGACGCAUACUGCUGCGUGUCCCACGAGCGUCGGAUCUAACAUCGAGUCGCUCGAUAUUAAAUGUCCCGCAAUCGGAUGUGAUAUAGUUUAGAUAAGGAAAUAAUCUCGUGCGUGAAUGUAGACAACGGCCGGGGAGAGACGCCGGGCGAAACUAGUUAUAUUGGAAUUGAUGUCUAAAUAUGAUAUUGUAUUAUACUACUAGCGAUGUUUAAUUCUCGUGUACAUAUUAAUGAACAGCGUUAACGGCUGAAAUAUUUAAAAUAAAUAGGUGCUUGGAUUCAACUACUAACUAGUGCUCCCGGUGUAACAGCAUGGGCCUCUCCUCACGCCCAUCCUCUGAAUGUGGUCUUCAACUCCUCGUACGAUGUAGGAAGCUAACGCACAUAUGUAACUAACCGCAUGGCCUUCCACGACUCCUCUCCUUGUACUUUCUACUCGUAUUUCUAGAACGUUCUACGGUGAUGUAAUAUUUCAUUCGUACUGACCGCAUGCGUCCCCUCACUUCUCCUUCCAAACACUGAUAGAACGUCCCGCCAUAAGAAUAUCGCUCUUAUUCACCUGUAUUACGAGCUAUUAUCGAAUACUCCCGGACACUUCACUCGAUGCCAGGUUACCUUAUGUGAUAAAUCAUAUCACCGCUUGAAGCCGGCGACGGAUAAAAAUGAUAUUUUUGGUACGCGUAUUGCUCAAGAUAUUAAAUAUACGAACGUAAGUUAUAAUACUCUUUGGCUUCUCGUCUUUGUAAAUAUUUAUCGGUAGUGAAUUAAAGAAGUAUAUGUCAAAAUUGUAACGAAAAAUAUUCGUAUGCACGAUACAGUUCCUCAUAGUCGGUCGUGCUGUGUUAGAACAAGCAACGGCGUCUCCUCCGGCCGACGCGGUCUCGUCUCGACGCGUUAGUAUGUUACUGUAUAGCGAAUAUUUAUACAAAUAGCGGUAAUGUUGGUCGUAGUGAAUGUAUAGACUAUCAUGUGAGUGUAAUCCGCUUGUGACUGGAUGUGAUGUGGCCUUUAUGUAUGUAAUUAAAUGAUAUUAACGCGGCGUGUGUGUGUGUGUGUGCUUGCAUCUGUCUUAUCUCCUCACCGGGUCGCUUCCAUGUAAAGUAUGGUGAUGUAAACGGUAUAUGCCUUAAUAUGUACACGUAACGCGAUGUAUCGACUCGCUUGAAGCUUGGAACCAAUCGCUUGGGGCGCAUGUUGAGUUUGUUAGUUGUAAGUUUUUAUGAACCGUGUGUAUCGAGACUUGAGAGAGAGUUUUAUAAAUAUUCCUGCGCGCUCAUUAGAAUGCUAAGUGUGAGUGGUGAGAUGUCCUCUACUGGUACAAACGGUUAAGUUAUUUUAUUUACGUGUACAUUAUUAUAAUUUUUUUUUUAAUUUUUAAUUAUGAUUGGGAACAAUAAGUUGAAAUUUUUGUGUUGAAGAUUUUAUUUUCUUAAGAAAAAAAAAAUAUAUGCGAAAAUAUAUUUAACAAAAAAAAAAAAGAGAAUCGUACAAAUACGAAACUCGACGAACGACUGAGACAUUAUUCCGAAUAUUUUAUAGGUUUACCGAGAAAUCACUGUUUCACUAGACAUUCAUUAUUCAUAUAUGUAUUGUUUAAACUUAUUACGUUAAGUGCCAUAAUUUAAUGAAUUAACAAUUGAUAAUUAUUAUAAUGCAUAACCUUGUACACCAAUAAACUAUAUUAAAAACAUACAA